GGAGGAGAAUAAUCAGUCAACGCGAGGGGGUGUAAGACUGUUUUUAAAAGCAGCUAACGUUGACCAGAUUCGAUUAGGUACGAUUCCAGUGUUAGUAAAAGGAGCACGUCCUCCUCCUGUAAUCAAACUUUAUUGUUUCAUCCGAAACCUAAAAUCCAGCGUUAGCUUCCCCAUCCAUUCAUAGGCUGCUUUGCGUGAGAAGCUGCUGUUGUCGGCAGCCAGCCCUGAGAUGUGUGUGUGUGACAACACCGGCGAUGAAGAGACCAGAAUGUACUCGGAAUAAGUGGUAGCGUUGGAGGAAACGAAGUGGAAACUAUUCAAGGGGAACGAUCUGAUCUUCGAAGAAAUUUCAUCAGUACGCCUCAGUAGCUGCGAGCACCGUUGGAAAGACUGCCACCAUGGUGCAGAAAUAUCAGUCCCCGGUGCGGGUCUAUAAGCAACCCUUCGAGCUGGUGAUGGCGGCCUAUGAAAGGAGAUUCCCUACCUGCCCGCUCAUCCCCAUGUUUGUGGACAGCGACGUGGUCAGCGAACACAAGAGCGAGGAUGGGUCAACCCACAGGAUAGAGCGGCGCUGCAAGCUGGAUGUAGAUGCCCCCCGUCUGUUGAAAAGGAUUGCUGGGGUGGACUUUGUUUACUUCAUCCAGAAGAACACCCUGAAUCGCCGGGAGAGGACGCUGCACAUCGAGUCCCACAACGAGACCUUCUCCAACAGGGUGAUGAUCCACGAGCUGUGCUGCUACUCGGUUCACCCAGACAAUGAGGACUGGACGUGCUUUGAGCAGUCGGCCAGCCUGGACAUCAAGUCCUUCUUUGGCUUCGAGAGCACGGUGGAGAAGAUUGCCAUGAAGCAGUAUGCCAGCAGCAUCAAAAAGGGCAAAGAGAUCAUUGAGUAUUAUCUGAGGGAACUGGAGGAAGAGGGUGUGACCCACAUUCCCCGCUGGGCCCCCUCACCAGCCUCGCCUGCCAAACCCAGCAUCACUGCCCGCCCCGAGCUGCCUGUUACUCCCGCCAUCUCCAUCCCUGUCGCCAACGCCAAGGACACCCACUCCAACAAGGACAGCACCAGCCUGCCCGGCAGCCUCACCGAACCCCUGACUGGAACCCCUGAUGACAAACUGGAUGCCGACUACAUCAAGCGUUACCUGGGAGACCUGACGCCCUUGCAGGAGAGCUGCCUGAUCCGCCUACGCCAGUGGCUUCAGGAGACUCACAAGGGCAAGAUCCCCAAGGACGAGCACAUUCUCCGCUUCCUGCGGGCCCGCGACUUCAACAUCGACAAGGCGCGGGAGAUCCUGUGCCAGUCUCUCACCUGGAGGAAGCAGCACCAGGUGGACUACCUGCUGGAAACCUGGAACUCUCCACAGGUCCUGCACGAUUACUACACCGGAGGCUGGCACCACCACGACAAAGACGGGCGUCCGCUCUACAUCCUGCGCCUGGGCCAGAUGGACACCAAGGGGCUGGUGCGCGCCCUGGGGGAGGAGUCCCUGCUGAGACACGUGCUGUCCAUCAACGAGGAGGGCCUGAGGCGCUGCGAGGAGAACACCAAAGUCUUCGGCCGGCCCAUCAGCUGCUGGACCUGUCUGGUGGACCUGGAGGGCCUGAACAUGAGGCAUCUGUGGCGCCCGGGAGUCAAGGCCCUGCUGCGUAUUAUAGAGGUGGUGGAGGCCAACUACCCCGAGACACUGGGCCGGCUGCUCAUACUGAGAGCACCCCGCGUCUUCCCUGUGCUCUGGACCCUGGUCAGUCCCUUUAUCGAUGAGAACACCCGUAAGAAGUUCCUCAUUUACGCUGGGAACGACUACCAGGGCCCCGGAGGCCUGGUGGACUACAUCGACAAGGAGAUCAUCCCGGACUUCCUGGGAGGAGAGUGCAUGUGCGAGGUCCCGGAAGGAGGGCUCGUCCCCAAGUCCCUGUACAGGACUGCGGAGGAGCUGGAGAACGAGGACAUCCGCCUGUGGACCGAGACCAUCUACCAGAGCGCCAGCGUCUUCAAGGGAGCCCCGCACGAGCUGCUGAUCGAGAUUAUCGAUGCCUCCUCCGUCAUCACGUGGGACUUUGAUGUGUGUAAGGGGGACAUCGUCUUCAACAUCUUCCACUCGAAAAGAGCGCCCCAGCCUCCUAAGAAGGACACUCUGGGGGCCCACGGCAUCACCUCCCCGGGGGGCAACAACGUUCAGCUCAUUGACAAGUCAUGGCUACUGGGGCAGGACUACAGCAUGGUGGAGUCGCCCCUCACCUGCAAGGAGGGCGAGAGUGUGCAGGGCUCCCAUGUGACCAGGUGGCCGGGAUUCUACAUUCUGCAGUGGAAGUUUCACAGCAUGCCAGCCUGUGCCACCACCAACCUGCCCCGCGUGGAUGACGUCCUGGCCACCCUGCAGGUCUCCUCUCACAAGUGCAAGGUCAUGUACUACACAGAGGUGCUGGGCUCCGAGGACUUCAGAAACGCUUGUGGCAGUGUGCAGAGCUUGGGCUCGAUGACCAGUUUGGAGUCCAGUCACAGCGGCUUCUCCCAGCUGAGCGCCGCCACCACAUCCUCCAGCCAGUCACAGUCCAGCUCCAUGAUCUCCAGGUAGUGGCCAAGGGAAAGAGAGAAGACUCCUGGGAGGAUCCAUGCCAGAAUACAAACCUCACACUCCACCCUGCCCAACACAGCAACCAAGCCAACCCCAGCCCACCCCCCCCCACUCCCUGUCCCCAACCUUGAAACUGUACUAACAAUGUCCAACUCAAGAACACUUGCACAAAAGAAGAGAAAUAUACUUUUGAUGGAAAAAAAAAAACUCUGAGUCAAAGGGCUUCGUUUUGCAUCAGGUGACAUGUUCUCCCAGCUGUCAGAUGGGAAGCAGGUCGGCACAUUAACAACAUGAUCCUGACUUACUGUGAGGGUGAAGAUGCCAUAUGUUUUUGUUGUUUUUUUUUUUUUUUUUUCCUUUUUUUGUGGAGUAAAGCAAUUUAGUAACUCAAGUGGAGAGUUCUGAGGCAGGAUGACAAAACUGGAUGUGAUGUUAAACCUGCAGUGCAUACACAGUGCAUUUGCGUCCACGUGCAUACAUGCAUGCACAAACACAUCCAUGUACAUACACACUUUCUCACUCACAACAUUACAAGUGUCACCAGAUUCAUUUUGGGUGGAGUGGUUAUAGGUCAAGCUUGGAUUAAAAAGUGGCCAAGUAUCUGCCAGAAGCAAUAAAUAUAAUUGUAUUUCUACUGUUUGUAUUUAUCAUGAAAUUAUGUAUGGAGGCAUGUCCUCUGGGGUGCUAAGUAUGGGUGAACUACCAAUGUUCACAGGGCAACUCAUGAGGUUUGCAUGGGGACAAGCCGCAGCUGCAAAUUGCCAUUUAUUCUGGGUUUGUUGUAAGCGGUUCUCUGUAGAAUGAAAAUAGUGGGUAGUCAUUGGUCUGUACUGGAGUGAGCUUGAAGUAUUACAUUUGUGAAACUCGUGGUCUAAGAAAUGCCUUCUAAUUGAUUUUGAAUGUGCUGCUGGUCAAAGCUGACCUGGCUGGUUGAUCAGUGUCUGAACUGGAAGGAUAAUAGGUCAAAUAGUUCUGCUCUUGUUUGUUCUAUGUUCUGAGUAUGUGGUGAAUUCCGUUGUUGCUGCCAUCCUCUCGGAGUGUUGAUUAUAUGUGAAGGAGUGUCGUUGGCUGGGUUUGUGUGUUCAUAGUGUUAUUAAGAGGCAGACACUCAAGGAGUGGAGAAUUACUGUUGCCUUGCGGCGCAUAAGGGGAGGGGUUUCACUUAGCUGAAGAGCUGCCAUGAGUAACAUCUGAACACUAGAGGGAAGAUUGUCUAGGACUUAGCCACUUAGCUCUCAGCUUCAGCAUAACAAUCUAGGAAUCUGAGAUUGAUUAUUUGACAUUACCUGUAUAUGAUCAAGAGUCACUGUUGAUUUAGCCAGAUGGGUGCAAGAGAUUCCUGCAUGUUUUCAACCAAACAACUCUUACUUAGAAAAGCUGUUGCAAAGUAGUUGCCAGGUAGUUAAUGCUGCAUGGUAGUUUGGUAGCUUCCUCAUUUCCCAGCUAGAUUUUGUGAGUCAACCAAUGAGCUUGCUCUCUCUCGCCUGUAAAGAAUCAUCAGUGGCAGCAAGGUGUAAAUUUGGGUGAGGUAGCGAGGUAUAAAUUUGGGUUAUGUUCAAAUAAACAGGUAACAGUGUGAUUCUAAACUCAGCCAUCCCUAUAUGUAUCAAACUACAAAGUAGUGACACAAUCACUGUACAUUUCAAGGAGCGUGCUCUGGAGCCGAGAAAAGAUCUUGUACUUCAAAGUUCAACCUACUCUUGGAACAUUCCUUCUGUGCUUUUUUCCAGCACAAAAUAUCAGAAACGUUUAAAAGCUGGUGUUGACCAGAGAGCUGCAGAAUGUGGCCCCGCCUUCUAUUACUGCCAUUAUUUAGUUGUUUUUAUUUUUGUUUUCUUUUCCUACAAUAUCAAGAUUUUGAGGAGGAGUGUUUUUUUCAGUCUCAGAUGGUCAGAAGAGAAGCUGGACGUUUACCUCCUUUGUGGAUUUGUGUGGCCAGUCUUGAGUGAGCGCUGCUCUAAGAUGGUGGUGUUGUCAUUGGGGAACGCGGUGAAAAUCAAGCACCCAAACCAGCGUGGCCAAGGUGCCACCAUGCAGCUGAUCACAGAAAGAUGCACCAACUACUCAGUGGAUAAACUGCUGGAGAAGUUUUGCCAAACAGGCAAACGCCAGAUUCUUUUUUUUAAAAAAAACUGCUUUUGUGAGAUGUUUUUUAAACAAUGAAAAUGAAAUUGACUUCAAAGUGAACAUCUGUAUGUAUGGACUAUUGCAAUAACUAGAAAUGCUUUACAGAAAAAAAAAACUAGCGCUCUAAAAAACGUCUGUCUGUCUUGGGGGUUUGACCAGGCCAGAGGCCAUCCACGGGCAAGAUCUCAUCAACAUUUCAGGCUUUUAUGAGUGAGGAGGAGGAUAUAAAUGUUUCUCUCCUCUGUUUCCUUUCUAGCCUUGCCUCUCUGAAUGCAGCAUGCUAAUGCCUAGUUGCAUCUUAAGCUCUCUGUCAGAUACAACCCUCAAAGACAAACGCACAAUGUUCCCAAUGUCACAGUGGCUCCACUUUGUAUUGGAGAAGAGCCUGCACCUCCUAGAUGUUUUACACGCCCUUCUCUUGUUAACCUGUGUCAGAUUGGUUGCAUAGGGAAGGGAUUCGUGUGUCCGCUUAAAGGAGAGGAUGUGAAUUCCUUCACUUACCGAAGUAUGCGCUGUACAUUAAGUGGUAGUAAUGCUAAAAAAUUCGUAAUUCUGCUCACCAACUGCUCCGAGCUUUGUAAAAACUUUUGCUUCUAUCAGUGUACCAUUCUCACUCAAGUUUGAGGGCUAUUCCAUUCUGUCUUUUUUUUUCUCUGCUCUUUUUCUCUGCUCUUUCCCCCCCCUUUCUCUCAGCCUUUCUCCCUCCCUCUGUGAAGUUGCAUAUCUUCUUGAAAAUUUAUUGUGUAACAAAAUUGUUUAAAUUAAUAUACAAAAAUAGCGCCUUUAAAGCUUUCAAAUCUAUUAAACUUGAAUUCAAAAUAAAA